AUGCUUCCUAUGAAUAAACCUAAAUGGAAGUGCCCCACUUGCAAGUCUAAGAAAGAGAGUCCUCUGUCAAAGCAACAACAUGAACAUGGUGCUACACCAACAAACACCACUAAAAGACAAACAGACUCACUGAUUCCGGAUGUCCCAUCAUCCAUGGUAAAUCUCGACACAAAAGCUUUCAUUGAGUUUUUUGAGAGAAGGUUUUGCUCUCUCCGGGAGGAGUGGAAGAAGGACAUAAGUGAAAUCCUUAAACCAGUUCAGAGCGAUAUAAAACUUAUCUCUGAGCGACUUGAGAACUGGGAGAGCCGUCUGGAUAUUCUAGAGGCCAAGGUAAGCGGAAUUAAUGACCUGUACAGUGAAAAUGAAGCGCUCAAGAAAGACCUCAAUAAGAUGCAGAAAAGUUUUGACACUCUGGAUCAAAACUCCCGACAGUGUAAUUUGGAAAUCCAAAAUAUCCCUGAGACAAGUGGAGAGGAUCUCGUCGGCUUAGUAUGCAAUAUCGGCAGCCUAAUCGGAGUGAGCGUGCCGGUGGAGAGCAUUCGUAGCGUGCACCGCACGGCCCCCGGCGCCCAGCGCGACCGCCCGCGGAACAUCGUGCUGCAACUCACCACCCGCCGCCUGCGCGACAACCUGCUGGCUGCAGCGCGCACUCGCCGCGAGCUCACCACCGAGCAGCUGUCUCUCCCGCCUCCAGUCCGUCGCUUCUAUAUAAAUGAACAUCUCACUUUAACAAACAAGAUAUUGUUCUCAAAGGCACGCGAACUGAUGAAAGCCAAAGACUACAAACAUGUUUGGGUAAGAAAUGCCAAUGUGAUGAUGCGUAAGACAGAUACAAGCAAGAUCAUAAAGAUUCGUUCGGAAGAGGAUUUAGCAAAAGUUAUCUGA